UACCCGGAUAUUGCUCACAUUGAGUACUGUAUAGUGAUUCUUCUGUUAGCGUUUAGCAUUUAGUUAGCGCACUUGUACUGCAUCUGCAUAGAAAUGGUGCAGUGACCGUGAACACGCAAGUAUGUCAGAAAGGUUACAAAUGCCGCGUCUAUCUGCUGUUGUUUUCUCUUCGUCUCCCGCCAUUUUCUGUUACCUCUGCCUUUGCGUCAUAUUGGGAUCUCCCGGAUGCUCAGGUCUCUCUGCUUCCUUCUCUGGUGGGCAGUUCAUCUCCUACACUCCUUAUCUCAACCAUACAGAUCUCUCAUCUCGACUGCCAUUUCCACGAUUUGUUUCAUUUCGCUUUCGGACUCGUUGGGCACCGGCAUUUAUAUUUUUAUCUCACAGCGUUGACUUUCUACACUCACUUCUCUUGCUGAAGAAUGGCUCACUGCUGGUGCAGUAUAACAAUAAUUCAGGAUUCCAUUCUAUGUUGUCGUCCUCGUCGAAUCUCCAUGACAACAUGUGGCAUAGAGUAAACAUCUCUUUGUUUUCGAAUCCAGCGUUUCUCGAUGUUGACGAUGGUGUGACCAAGAACCAUGCAUACGUUCAGGAUGUCGGAAACAAUUUGAUUGUUUUUUAUGCUACCAUAGGAAGUAGUGGAAUUCUGGGCGGCGAAGAUGGAGACAGAGCAUUUGUUGGUUGUAUGUCGGAUGUGAAUCUGGAUGGGUUAGAUCUGCUUGUUGCUGCUUGCUUGCGCCAAUACGACUUUUAUCGCCAUGGAAAUCUACAAUGCAAUUGUCCUAGUAUGGAUCCAGCUGUAGUGACAUUUUUGACAACACGUUCUCGUCUGGUUUCUCUACCCUUGAUGCAUCAAAACUUGAGUCUCUCGUUCGUGUAUCGGACUCGAGAACGUAAUGCAGUUUUGGCGUAUUCAAGAAUUAAAGGAAACGAAGGAAGUGACAGUUACAUCAUGUUUCUAUUGGAUGAUGGAAUGUUGAGAAUCGAAAUAAAGUUUAAUGGUCAUUGUGAGAAACAAUGCAUUCCAUAUCCAAAUGAGGUUGAUUGCAAUGAUGGCCAAUGGCAUCAGAUUCGAUUAGCAACGACUGUCACCGGGUUGAUCACACUGUCGACAGACAAGGGAGAAUAUUGGAUUCCGGAUAUCAAUCUUGUGCAUCAAGUUUUUCCAGUCGGCAGUCUGUUGAUUGGAUCACAUGGAUCGUUGCAACAUCGAGAGGUCCCUGGGUUUCUCGGUUGUGUGAAGGAUGUUGUGGUGAAUGGCCAGCUUGUUGAUAUCGUGGGGCAGACGAGGUGGGACAACGGAUUGGUAGCUGGGUGUUGGGAGGAGGAGAUGAAUCCGUGUGAGUCGAGUCCAUGUGAAAAUGGUGGCGUAUGUGUAAGAGGAUGGGACAGAUAUGAAUGCGAUUGUGCGUCUGGAUAUGAAGGAGGCAAUUGUGAGAAAACGGCCACUCUACUCACUUUAACAACUUCUGACCCUCCAGUUGUUGUUGAUGUUUCUGGUCGAUGGUCUGAAUGGUCAAUAUGGUCGUCGUCGUGUUUUGACUCGUACCACACGGUCAUUGAACAAUGGAGGCAGAGAGUGUGUAUCAAUGGUGCAUACUGCUACGGACAGUCAGAGCAAAUGCACUUUUGUGCAUCAUCGUGGUCUGAUCAUAAGUCAGGUGGUUAUAUUUUUUCUGGAGAAACUUCUGUUCAGUAUAAGUUUUCAUUGUCUGUGCGAUCUCGUACUUUAUUUGACCAGAUCAGUCUGGUUUUCUCAACCUAUUCGACCGAUUCACUUCUGGUGCUCCUUACUUCAUCGGUUAACACAGAGCAUGAUGGCUAUCUUAGUGUAUCUGUCAAUGCUGCUGGAAGAUUGGAUGUACGUUUUGGACAUGGUGACGAGAUACCUAUUGUAUUGACAUCGAACGUAAACGUGGCUGAUGGGUAUCGACAUUCGGUUUCAAUUACCAGACAUGGGGCAUUUGUGGCUUUUAAUGUUAAUAGCAGUGAUACUCAGAGUAGUGGCAACGAAUCGUCGGAUUUUUUCUUAUCACAUCAUGAUUUAGUUGUCAUCGGUCAGUCACGUGACCCCAGAGUAUCAUUUCUGUCACAUUUUAGUGGCUGUUUUGAGUACAUUAGAGUCAACGGGUUAGACAUACUUUCCUUGCAAAGUAGUUCUUUGUUUGAUACGGACAGUGACUUGAAUGAGACUUCUCCUUGUGGCAGUGAUGAGCCAUUGUUGUCAUCAGUAGGUACAACGAUGUCAACAUCAAUGGUGUUAUCGACCAAUAGCUCAAUGACGUUAUGGUCUGACACUGUUCACGAUUCUUCAUCGGACUUUCAUUCAUUGACAAUCGCCAUAGUUACAUCUGGAUGUUCACUGUUGGUUGUCAUGGUUAUUGCGUAUUUCAUAUAUCGAUGUGUCAAGAGGCGAUAUACGGGAGUUUACACAACAGAGGAGACAGCGUUACCAGAGAGACAAACUGGUAGAAGAGCAAAUACGUCACAGAGUCGUUCACGCAAUCAGAAAGCAAAGAGAAGACUUGAGGACAAUGACGGAUUUGUGUAGUGAAAGAAAUGUUUUGUGUUGAAAGUAUACUUUGAAAAUUAUAUUGGAGAUGAUUUGCUGUUAUUUUCUCAGAUGACUGGCUUGUGUCAUAUCAAUACCACUUCAAAAUGGACAUCAACAAGAUUUGUCGAAAAGUAGUUUACAGUAGUGUAUGGAGUCUAUGAUUUGCUUGAGUAGAAUUAUAUUCUAUUUGUUCAGAAAAGACCAUCAUUGUGUUACAGUAGUACAUUGUGGUAGGUUUGUCAAAAUUGUAGCAAUUUUGUAUCAGAAGAAUAUAUGAUACAUCUUGAAG